UGAGGGCGGGGCCCGGCGUGACGCGGCCGCGGCGCGGCAGCCAAUCAGCGCCGCCGGGACGGCAGUUUGAAUCCGGGCACCGGCGGGCGGCGGCGCGGGGAGCGGCCAUGAGGAAGAGCGAGGUGCUGGCGGCCGAGGCCGUGUCGUGCCUGAACCGCGCGCUGGCGGCGCUGCGGGACAUCUGGGAGGAGAUCGGCAUCCCCGAGGAGCAGCGCCUCGAGCGCACCGACGUCGUCAAGAAGCACAUCAAGAGCCUCCUGGACAUGAUGGUGGCGGAGGAGGAGAGCCUGAAGGAGCGGCUCCUGAAGAGCAUCGCCCUGUGCCGCAAGGAGCUCGACUCCCUCUGCCGGGAGCUGCACCUGGACCCCUUCGAGGCAGAGGAGGAAAGCACCAUCCUGCAGAUGGAGAAGGAUUUACGCACCCGUGUGGAAGUGAUGUUAAAGCAGAAGAGGGACAGGAAGCAGGAGCUGAAAGCUCUGCAAGAACAAGACCGAGACCUGUGCGACAUCCUCUGCACGUCCCCGUUUGGCAUCGACAGCAAUGCCGUGCCCAGCCUGGAGGAGCUGGACCGCUACAGGCGCCACUUGGCCUCCCUGAGCGCCGAGAAGGAGCGAAGGCGAGAGGAGUUUGUCAGCAUCAAGCGGCAAGUCAUCCUCUGCAUGGAGGAGCUGGACCACACUCCGGACACGAGCUUUGAGCGGGACGUGGUGUGCGAGGAUGAGGAAGCCUUCUGCUUGUCCACGGACAACAUUGCUGCCCUCCAGAAUCUGCUGCAGCAGCUGGAAGCCCGGCGGUCCCUGAACGAGGCUGUGUGCGUGGAGCUGCGAUCCAGAAUCGCUGCGCUUUGGGAAAGGCUGCAGGUGCCUGUGGAGGAGAGAGAGUCCUUCGCAGUGCACAUGACUGGAUCCAGAGCCAGAACUAGGAAAGCUCUGCAGUUAGAAGUGGACCGUCUGGAGGAGCUGAAGCUGCAGAACAUGAAGUCUGUGAUCCAGGCAAUCCGGGUAGAGCUGGCUGAGUACUGGGAUAAAUGCUUCUACAGCCAGGAGCAGAGAGAAGCUUUCAGCCCCUAUUACGAUGAGGACUAUACAGAGACCCUGCUCCAGCUCCAUGAUGCUGAGGUGGGGAAGGUGAAGAACUACUACGAAACACACAAGGAGCUGUUUGAGGCUGUCCAGAAAUGGGAGGAGAACUGGAAGCUGUUCCUGGAGCUAGAGAGGAAAACAACCGACCCCAACCGCUUUGCCAACCGUGGGGGGAGCCUGCUGAAAGAAGAGAAGCAGCGAGCAAAGCUGCAGAAGAUGCUUUCCAAGCUGCAGGAGGAGCUGGAGAGCAGGGUCCAGGCCUGGGAGCAGGAGCAUGAGGACGCUUUCCUGGUGAAGGGGCAGCAAUUCAUGGAGUACGUGACAGAGCAGUGGCAGCUGUACCGCAUGGAGAAAGAGAAGGAGAAACAGGAGCGGCACCUGAAGAAAAGCCGCCAGAUCGAGGCAGAGAUGAUGUACGGGAGCACCCCACGGACACCCAUCAAGCGCCGCGUGCUCACCCCCCACACGCCUGGCAAACUCAACGGCACUUCCAUCUCCAGCGCCACGCCCAACAGCACUGUUCGUUCGGCCUUCGGGGCAACUCUCUACCACUCUCCGACGUCUCGGCUGCCACCCUCUGGAGGGAAGCUUGGUCAGGCUCGGACCCCCAGCCGCGUGGCUGCGAAGCCCCCCCGGCCAGGACACAGGGAGCGGAACAAGGAGAACGUGUCGCAGCUGAACGGAACCACCCUGAGCGGUGGGUGCACCCCCACAGCCCCUGCCCAGCGUAACUACAGCGUUAAUUCUGUUGCCAGCACCUAUUCUGAGUUUGCGCGCGAACUUUCAAAGGCUUCCAGGUGUGACACCAGCUCCCGCGUCCUCAACUCCACCACCACCAACGCCUACUGCUGAGGCGCCGCCCCAGGCUCUGGCCCUCCGCAGUCGUAGUGAGUUCCAGUUCUGGGGGAGCGCUUCCGCAGCUCCCGCUGCGCCCAGGCCCGGAGCAGGCCGUGCCCGAGGUUUGGCUUUUAGCUAGGUCCCAGCAUUAGUCUGGCCAACCUGCCUCUCUGCGGGGCGGGGGCCUUCCUGCCUGCGAGGGCAGGGGAAGGAAAAGGACACUUUUAACAUUUUGCUUUUAUUUGGGGAAUUCUUGUGACUAUUUGUGAUUAAAGAUUGAGAACAAACUUGGGGUAGCAUAGCAGCGGGUGGCGGCUUCUGCGGGAGCCUGGCUGGGCGGUGGUGUGAGGUGGCAGGGCUCUGCCUUGCCGAGUGUGCGCUGGGACAGACAGGACCUAGUGCAGAGCGCUGGCCUUGGUGCCUCUUACCAAAGGCUUUUUUUUUUUUUUUUUUAAAAACCUUCCAUAUUGCUGUAGGUAUUAUCUACCAGGCUCUUCCUUAACAGCACAGCAGGCAUGCUUAGCUAGGGCUUGCUUUAGCUGAGGUUCCUCUGAGCAGCCUCCCUGGGCCCCAGAGGGCUGGGCUCGUGCUGCUGCUGCAGCCUGGGCUUGUGGCCGAGGGUCUCAGCUCCCCCACGCCAGGGACUGCAGCUGCCCCCUGGAGAAGAGCUCAGGUGGUCGAUUCCCCUGUCCUCUGCCGCCCACCCCCAAGCCUCCAGCGAGGGGGGCUGCCUGUUCCCCCCCCCCCCCCCCCCACGUGCACCCCAGUGCCUGCCCUUUCUCGCCCGCUGCUCCUGGGGAGAACAGCGCAUGCUUUGGCGGUACGAUGUGCUGGGGGGGGCUCGUUUGCACCUUUUGUUAAUGAAGCUCUGUAUGUGUGUGUCUGUCCCUGAUCAGAACUAAUUUGCACCUUGUUAUCACUACACUCCCCCACUUGCUGUUAUUUAUUCCCCAUGUUCUGUUCCCGUGCUCUGUAACUCUGUAUAUACUGUUUAUGGGAAUAAUGCAUAUCCAUGUAUAUA